AUGUCCUCAAGUCGGCCUGGUCCUUCGGCCCCAGCUUCGACCUCGGCAUCGACCUCGAAUCCUGCUUUCCAGAGAGCUACAAGAGAAGCAACAGCUGAAGAUUUGGCCGAAAUACGUCUGCUUUUGCAACACGUGGUCAGACAGUUCUACGAGGAUAGGCACAUCGUCGUGAUAGACAGGCUCGUCAAGUUUCAAGUUGUUCCAGCCGAUGCGCUGGCAGGCCUGCUAGCAAUCACUCCUAAAGAAGUCACCGCGCUCACUCUUCGUUUAGUCGAAGAUGGUUUGGUCAUGGUUCACCGGAGGCUAGAGACGCGGGAAGGUGGUGCAAGAUCAUUUCCUCGAGCAUACUAUUACAUCUCUCCCUCCAAUGCUCUCAACGUUCUCAAAUGGCGCCUCUUGAACAUGCGUCGGACGAUCGAGUCAGCUUUCCUGGCCGAGCUAGACACGCGCGGAUUCGUCUGCCCACAGUGCGCCAAACGAUUUAGCACUCUGGAUGUGGCCCAUCUGCUCGAUCCUACGGGCACGGCUUUGGUUUGCGAUACACCUGGCUGUGGAGCGGAACUGAGGGACAACGAGGAUGCGGAAGAUGUGAGGAGGAGCAAGGAUCGUAUGAAACGUUUUAAUGAGCAGCUUGGACCUGCUUUGAGCGUCAUGCAAAAGGUUGAAGGCGUGAUCUUGCCUCCGUCGGAUCCUACAGCGUGGAUAGAGCGAUACGGAUCGACAUGGCGUCAAGCAGCAGCCGAGUCGCUCAAAUCUGGAGCUGCAGGGUUUUCCGCCUUGCCCAGCGCAAGCUCGGUCUUGCCCUCCGCAGCCGAUGUUGCGACACCUCAGCUGUCCGUCGAGCUGUCUACAGACGACCCCGAUUCCAUCCUGGCUAGAGAAGAGAAGAAGAGGAAAGAAGCGGAAGCGAAGAGGAAAGCGAAUGCUUUGCCUGAUUGGUUGGCCAGGAGCACCGUCAGUGGAGAGAAGACGGGCUUGGAUAGAGGCGCCGAUAAUUUUAGAACGAAAGGGAAUGAUGAGGAGCAUAGGCUCCGCUUGGCGGAAGCCAAAGCGAAGGAGGAACAGGAUGACUGUGAGUAUUACGCGCAAUACGCCUCGCUGCAGGCGGCCGAAGCGGCUUCUGGCACUCCGAAUCCCGAUGAGGACGAAGGGGAAGACGAAAUGGAAGAGAUAGAUGUCGGCGCGCCUGUCCAGACCGCAGGUGCCAAGCGCUCCAGAGAAGACGAGGCGCAGGAGGAAGCUGUUCAGAGAAGAAAGGAGGAAAUGAUAGAGGCGAAUGGGAGUGCACAAAGUGGCGAGGAAGAAGAGGAGGAUUUGGACGACAUGGAAGAGGUGGCGUAG